UGGCCAAUCAAAUAACUUCUUACUUUAUUACAUAUGCCGGUUCUCCAACUUGUCGGCAAAAGAUAAAAGUGUCUUCUAUAAAUAUGAAGACUUCACAGGCACCAUGGGGAUUAGGAUGGUUAUACCGUCUAUCACCAGAGAAACAAGACACUAUGUUGAAAAUGAUGGUUCUAACCUUAGCAGCUGUACUGUCAUUUUCCACCAGAUUGUUUUCUGUAUUGAGAUUUGAAAGUGUUAUCCACGAGUUUGAUCCCUAUUUCAACUACAGAACAACAAGAUUUUUAACUGAGGAAGGAUUUUAUAAAUUCCAUAACUGGUUUGAUGACAGAGCAUGGUAUCCACUAGGAAGAAUUAUUGGUGGAACUAUUUACCCAGGAUUAAUGAUAACAUCAGCAGUGCUUUAUCAUUUUAUGUGGUUCUUCCAUAUCACUAUUGAUAUCAGGAAUGUUUGUGUAUUUUUGGCACCACUGUUCUCCAGUUUUACUACAUUAGUCACUUACCAGUUUACAAAGGAACUUAAGGAUGCUGGUGCUGGAUUAGUUGCAGCGGCUAUGAUUUCCAUUGUCCCUGGUUACAUCUCCAGAUCUGUUGCUGGCUCCUAUGACAACGAAGGUAUCGCCAUCUUUUGUAUGCUGUUGACCUAUACACUGUGGAUCAAAUCAGUGAAAACAGGAUCAGUUUUCUGGAGUGCAUUGUGUGCUUUGGCCUACUUCUACAUGGUUUCCUCAUGGGGAGGAUAUGUGUUUCUUAUCAACUUGAUACCACUUCAUGUGUUGGCACUGAUGGCCACUGGUAGAUUUUCACACAGAAUAUAUGUGGCUUACUCUACAGUGUAUUGUCUUGGUACCAUCCUAUCUAUGCAGAUUUCCUUUGUGGGAUUUCAACCAGUUCAGUCCAGUGAACAUAUGGCUGCUCUUGGUGUAUUUGGAUUGUGUCAGAUCCAUGUCUUUGUUGACUAUGUGCGUUCCAGAUUGAACACAGAACAGUUUAACGUUUUGUUCAGAUCCAUGGUUCUACUGGUUGGAAUACUGGGUACAGCAGCUGGCGCUGUUGCCACAGCUACAGGCAAAAUCUCUCCGUGGACUGGACGUUUCUACUCCCUGUUGGAUCCCUCCUAUGCUAAGAACAACAUCCCAAUUAUUGCCUCUGUAUCAGAACAUCAGCCUACAUCAUGGAGUUCUUUCUACUUUGAUCUACAACUGCUAGUCUUUUUGUUUCCAGCUGGAUUAUAUUUCUGUUUUAGUCGAUUGACCGAUGCAAACAUCUUUAUUAUUAUGUAUGGAGUAACUAGUAUCUACUUUGCUGGAGUGAUGGUACGUUUAAUGUUGGUCUUGGCUCCAGUCAUGUGUAUCCUAUCCGGUAUAGGUGUUUCAGCCACACUUACUACAUACAUGAAGAACUUGGAUGUCAAGAAAGAUAAGAAAUCCAAAAGAGCUGAUGCCACUUAUCCAAUGAAGAAUGAGGUUGCUUCUGCAGUGGUAUUUAUGGUGACAGCUUUCCUAAUAACCUAUACCUUCCAUUGUACCUGGGUUACAUCUGAAGCCUAUUCCAGUCCAUCCAUUGUCUUGUCAGCCCGUUCAGGAGACGGAGGAAGAAUUAUCUUUGAUGAUUUCCGUGAAGCUUACUAUUGGCUCAGACAAAACACUGCUGAGGAUGCCAAAGUGAUGUCUUGGUGGGAUUAUGGUUACCAGAUAACUGCUAUGGCUAAUCGGACAAUUCUUGUGGAUAAUAAUACAUGGAAUAAUACACAUAUAUCAAGGGUUGGACAGGCCAUGGCAUCUCCUGAAGAGAAGUCCUAUGAAAUAAUGAGAGAAUUAGAUGUGAAUUAUGUACUUGUAAUAUUUGGAGGUUUAACAGGAUACUCGUCAGAUGAUAUAAAUAAAUUUUUAUGGAUGGUAAGAAUUGGUGGUAGUACAGACAGAGGAAGUCAUAUAAAGGAGGCAGAUUAUUACACACCACAGGGAGAAUUCAGAAUAGAUAAAGAUGGAUCACCCACACUUCUUAACUGUCUCAUGUAUAAAAUGUGUUAUUAUAGAUUUGGACAAGUUUAUACAGAAGGGGGCAAACCUCCAGGUUAUGACAGAGUUAGAAAUGCAGAAAUUGGUAAUAAAGAUUUUGAAUUAGAUGUAUUAGAAGAGGCAUACACAUCAGAACAUUGGCUUGUUAGAAUUUAUAAAGUUAAAGAUCUUGACAAUAGAGGAUUAUAAAGAUCAGGAUUAAUAUAUAUAUAUAUAUUGUACUUAAAAAGAACAUUUAUUGUGACAAUACUUGGGAUCAGGGUAUAUCAAGCUCUAUGUUCUAGUCUGAAGAUUAUGUUUGUAGAACAUUUUAUUUCCAUACUUUAAUAAUCUGCUUAUGUUGAUAUAAGACUAUUGAAGAAUUUAUUCUGUGAUAGAUUUGAAUUUUUCUAUAUUAGUGCUAUGAAGGAGAAAGCUUUAAGUCAUUUCAAAUCUAGUGGAAAAAACCAACUGAUGACAGGGUUUCAAAAUUUCAACAAAUUAUAGGCCUUGAUUCUUUAUACUUCACGACCUUCGUGUUGACUUAUUAUUUUGUAUGCAUUAACUUAUAACAAUUUUAUUGAAAUCCAUUAAUAAAAUGCAUAAUAUCUUCAACAUUAGGUAUUAUUAUCAAAACUUAUCAGACAUAGUUCAGAUAGAUUGAAACCUUUGAUCCCAAUAACAUGUCAUUUGCUUUUAAUGUACAAUCAACAAUCUGAUAAUAAAUUUUUUAUUUACAUGA